AGAUGGCACCCGCCGCCCGGUCUGUGGCUCUGAUGGCACCGACUACAGCAGCGAGUGUGAACUGAGUCGCUCAGCAUGUGUCCUCAACCUGCAGGUGGUGGUGCGCUACGUCGGCAUGUGUAAUCCGUGUGGUCACGUGGUGUGCCAGGCGGGGCAGGUGUGCCUGGUGGACGAUGCCAGGGUGCCAAGGUGCCUCUGUAACUCCACCUGUCUCUCCUCCCUGUCCCCCGUCUGUGCCAACGACGGCACCACGUACAGCAACGAGUGUGUUAUGAACUUCGAGGCUUGCAGCCGACGACAAGUUCUGAGUGUUCUCUACCGGGGCGAGUGUUCUUCAGGUGUGAACCCGUGCGGCGCUGUCAGGUGUGGGACUGGCCAGGGAUGUGUAGUGAACCAGUACGGGGUGGCCACGUGCCAGUGUCGCACGUGGUGUCCUCCGGUGGUGACACCUGUGUGUGGCACCGACGGUGUCACCUACGACAGCAAGUGUCACCUGGAGAAGGACGCGUGUGUCAGGCAGAGGGCCAUCGCUGUCGCGUUCGUCGGAUCAUGCGAUUCAGGUGGGCCGUGUGAUGGAUACAAGUGUGAGUUUGGGGGAGUGUGUGUGGAGCGGUACGGACAGGCGGAGUGUGAGUGUGGGGAGUGUGGAGGAGAAUACCAGCCAGUGUGUGGGGGAGACAGGAGGACCUACCACUCUGCCUGUCACCUGCGUCGACACGUCUGUCGCACCACCACCGUCGUCGACCUCCUCCACCCGGGUCCUUGCGACGCAUGUAAGGGCGUGGCGUGCGGGGAGUUUGGGGUAUGCGUGGUGGACCCCGAAGGCAUCGGCCGCUGUUCCUGCCCCACCAACUGUACCCAGGCACUGGGCGGGGAGGUGUGUGGCAGUGAUGGUCAGACUUACGCCUCAGAGUGCCACCUUCAGGUCGCUGCCUGCAGCAGCCAGAGGCACCUCAGCGUCGCUCACAAGGGAAACUGCGACCUGUGUCUUGACGUGCAUUGCAAGUACGGUGCAAGGUGUGAAGGAGGUCGUUGCAUCUGUCCCACCGACUGCCCUGACAAGCGGGAGCCCGUCUGCGGUUCAGAUCGCUUCACCUACAGCAACGAGUGUGUCAUGCGCAAGGUCGCUUGUGAAAAGAACGAGGAUGUGAACUACUUGUUCUUCGGGGAGUGUGAUGAGAUUGGGGGCAUCGUUACAGACGUGAUCUAUCCGACUCCUCUACCACCUACGAGCCCUGAGGACCCGUGCCACUCACACACGUGCCUCGCGGGGGCUGAGUGCCAGGCAGACGGUGAGGGGAGAGCCAGGUGUGUAUGCGACUUCUACUGCUCUCCUCCCCCGCGCUACGAGCCCGUCUGCGGUAGUGACAAGGAGUUCUACGAGUCGGAUUGCCUGAUGCGCCUCCACGCCUGUAAUAUUCAGGUGGAGCUGUCCGUACGCCCCAUCCACGAGUGCGCUGCCGCCCAGCGACUCCGAGCAUGUAAUGGCACCUCUCCACUGAUCAACCCGUCGACAGGAGAGGACCUAUACUGUGGGGAGGGCGGCACUAUCUGCCCCCCAGGCACCUACUGCCACAGGCAACACGACUUUGCCAAGUGCUGCCGGGAUUACUCCAUCAGGAUCGCAGUGAUCGAGGCCCCAGUGCCACGGGACUGCCACCAGACCGACUGGGGUUGCUGUGAGGACGGUCUCAACAUUGCCACGGGAGCUGAGAGGGAGGGCUGCCCCGAGUCCUGUCGCUGUCACAGACUAGGGUCAGUGCGGGAGGCGUGCGACGCGGUGACGGGCGUGUGUGAGUGUCGGCCAGGCGUGGGCGGCAAGAAUUGUGACCGCUGUCUCUCCGGAUACUUCGGCCUUCAGAGGGUCUCUGAAGGAGCCAUCGGAUGCACCCCGUGCGGGUGCUCAGUAUACGGGUCGCUGCGUUUGGACUGCGAACAGAUGACUGGAGAGUGUGAGUGCAAGGCUGGAGUGACUGGCCAUCGCUGCACUCUCUGCCCGCGAGGACAGGUCCUCCGUCCUGAAGGGUGCGUCUAUGAGGACCUGCUGGUGCCACAGCCCACCACCUGCGACCUGCUCCAGUGCCACUUCGGAGGUCGGUGCCACGAGAAGGGAGGCUUAGCGUCCUGCGCCUGUACCCACCACUGUCUUCCGAGUGGUGUUGGCGGGUUGCUGGCGGUGUGUGGGUCGGACAGGACGACGUACGCCUCCGAGUGCGAGCUCAAGUACCAGUCGUGCGUCAAGCAGGCGGAUAUCGUCGUGGUCGCCUUCGGGUUGUGCACAGAGUCGUGGACGGACGCCCCGGUCCGCCGCUCCACAGCUGAGGAUGGGUGGGGCACUGAGGAAUGGGCGUGGCCAGGGCGAGGCCUCACAGAACACCACGCCCUCGCCACCAGGAGACACGUUGACGCCGCCCACUUCACCCGCGCCCAUUCCCCGAACUCCGCCCACUCCAACAUGAUCAUCGAGUCCCCGACGCACGUGGUGACGCCGAAGACGGCUCUGGACUCGGAGGAGCAAGGCCCUAUCUUCCCGCUCUCCGCGGCCACCAAGCUUCCCUACAGAGUGCCAGCCUUCUCAGGCACCUCCUACAUACAGCUGAUGCCGUGGUCUGUGCCGACGAAGGUGCAGCUGGAGGUGGAGUUUGUCGCUCACGAAGCCGACGGCGUCUUGCUGUACGUCCAGGAGACUCUUGGAGGCGUCGGCGACUUCUUGGCGCUCGUUCUGAACGACGGACACCUGGAGGCCCGCCUCGACCUGGGCAACGGACAGGUCAGCCUCAGGUCACCAAAGCCCAUUGACCUCUUUACCAAGACUUUGGUCAGCGUCCGGACUUACAACAGGGAUGCCUUGCUGCAAGUGGGCGUGGGGGAGGCCAUAUCCGCCCGUUCCGAGGGCGUGCACCGCGCCAUGGACAUCCACGCCCCGCUGUACGUGGGCGGCGUGCCCGCCCUCACUCCCAGGGUCCUCGCCAACCUGGGCGUGGGGAGGGGCUUCUCCGGCUGCAUACACUCCCUCAAAGUCGGCCAACGAGGACUUGACUUGGUCUGGGGACGGUCGGGAAGCGUCGGACACGCCCACAAUGUGAGUGACUGCCGCCCAUCGCCCUGCGCCGCCCACCCCUGCAUCAAUGGGGGCACCUGCCGCCCACGCCCACACAGCCAGAGCUUCGUAUGUGACUGCCCGACGGCGUACACAGGCAGCCGCUGUGAGGUGGAGGUCAGUGAGGGCUGUCGACGUCUCCAGUGUCCUCCCGGCACUGCCUGCCAGAGAGUGCCAGCCUCCACCACCCUCCACUGUGUCUCAGAGCUGGGGAGAGAGGAGACCUGGCCAAUAGCGGACCUGGAGGGCCGAGGCUACCUGGUGCUGCCGCGCCUGGAGGAGCGGCUGCAAGAGGUGUCCCUGGAGGUGUGGUUCCUGAGUCGCUCCCCGCACGGGAUGCUGCUCUACCAGGCGGAGGGUCCGGCCCACCGCGGCGACUUCGUCAGUCUCAAUCUCGCUAGUGGUUACCUCCAGUUCCGCCUCGAUGUCGGCCCUGGUGUCAUUAAUCUAACGUCGUCUGAGACGGUGGAGGUCGGGGCGUGGCACCGGGUGAAGGCGUGGUGGGAGGGUGGUCGCGCCUCCUUACAGGUAGACCAGGCCCCACCUGUCACCUGUCCGGCUCCUGCCCACCCCCACACACUCACCCUCAACACCCCCCUCUACCUGGGGGGCUUCAGACUCUGGUACCUGGUGAACCGGGAGUCGGGCAUCCUGGUGGGGUUGGACGGAGCGCUGCAGAAACUGCUUAUCAACGGCGUGGCGUACAGCAGACUGCCGGAGGCGGCAACGGAGCAGAGGGGCGUGUCCCUCUACAUAGGGCCUCCGUGUCACCCCAACCCCUGCAGCAACGGCGGGCUGUGCGUGCCCCUGCUGGCUAAUUUCUCCUGCCGGUGUCCGGUCAUGUUCGUCGGGAGACUCUGUCAUAAAAGCCUAGCUGGAGUGAGUCUUGACCAGCCUAUACACUUGGAUGGGUCCACGGCGGUUCUCUAUCCAGGACAGCUGUCACUCAAGUCAAACCGGAGUGGCCUUCAUGUGCCCUGGAGCCACCCAGACUAUGACUACCUCCAGUAUGAUGAGGUCGAGCAACAGCUCUUGGACCAGGUCACCCACUCCGACGACCUGGCUCACGACAGAGGGCGUGGGCGGCCUCAUGGCGUCCUGGAGGUGAGCUUCCGGGCUGACAGUAGCUCCGGGCUGCUGCUGUGGGCGGGACGUGGGCGGAGUGGGCGUAGCAGGGCGGGGGAUUACCUCGCCUUGGCCCUCGUUGACGGCCUUCCACAGCUGGCCCUCAACCUCGGCCGCUCUCGCAAGCCGUUUAUCCUGACAGCUACGGGGGCUGUUGAUGACGGCUCGUGGCACGUGGUGAGGGUGACCAGGCGGUGGAGGCGAGCACUGCUGAAGGUAGACAACCACCGGCCUGUGAGAGGCAAGGCUGCGCGAGGCGCCACCUACCUCCACACCGACGGUGACCUCUGGUUAGGUGGGCACAGAUGGGUGCCGCCCCACCUGGCUCCCGCCUACCACUGGGGGUUCAGAGGGUGUGUGGACCGGCUGUUGGUGGAUGGUCGCGAGGUCCAUUUGGUCCACCACGCUGCCUCGCCCACUCUCCAGUUCUGCCACUCACUCAGCUAACACCACCUACAUCACCCACCUAUACCAGUCGUCUACACCAACCACCUACGCAAUCCACCUGCACCCCGUCAUCUACCACCACCUACACCCCUUCAUCUACCACCAUUCAUCUACAUUACUCAUCUACACCACCUAAACUACCCCCCGCCUCAUCUAAUCCAUCCACCUACAACACUUUACCUCCUCAAACGUCAUCCACCUGCACAGUUCAGUCAACACAAGAAAGCUUAAUAAUCCAUCUAGCGCCAUCUACACCAGUCAUCAAUUUCCAGCAAAACCACUAAGCUAACACAACCAAAUUGACAUCAAUUGAAGGACUCGGCUUCUGGGAUACCAGUUAAUACCAUACAGCUCACACCAGCAAAUAAUUCAGGGUAACACAAUUUGUUUUUCUAGCUGCUCUAAUCACUUUACAUCAAUUAUACCACGCAUUUAACACCAGCGGCGUAAGCUUGCGACAUCGGCGAUACAAUUCAUCAAAUACCAGCUCCUUGACACCACACACACACCACCUGCACCCCACCACUAACACCAUUAACACCACCUGCACGCUACCGCUAACAGCAAAUCCACACCACCAUUCUAUCACUAACACCAGCACUACGACGCCUCUGAUAUCACCAGCUCUACAACGCCUCUGAUAACAUCAGCUCUACAACGCCUCUGAUAACAUCAGUUCUACGACGCCUCUGAUAUCACCAGCUCUACGACGCCUCUGAUAACACCAGCUCUACAACGUCUCUGAUAACACCAGCUCUACAACGCCUCUGAUAACACCAGCUCUACAACGCCUCUGAUAACACCAGCUCUACAACGCCUCUGAUAACAUCAGGUCUACAACGCCUCUGAUAACAUCAGGUCUACAACGCCUCUGAUAACAUCAGGUCUACAACGCCUCUGAUAUCACCAGCUCUACGACGCCUCUGAUAUCACCAGCUCUACAACGCCUCUGAUAACACCAGCUCUACGACGCCUCUGAUAACACCAGCUCUACGACGUCUCAGUUGAAGAUUUUCAAGUGCCGAGAAAAUGUGAUGUCUCGGCUGAGGUCACAUCUUCUUUCUCAGCUGAUGUCCAGUCAUCACUCUCAGCUGACAUGUUGACUUCACUCUCAGCUAAUUUUAAAGGUUGCUCAGCUUUCGUCUAUCACCGAGACACAGGCCAGCUCUACCAGUCUAACACACAACGUUUUUUGGAUUGUUACAGCGUAAUGUUGGAAACGUUUCGAGACGUCAAGAAACGUUUCGAGACGUCAAUAAACGUUUCGAGACGUCAAUAAACGUUUCGAGACGUCAAGAAACGUUUCGAGACGUCAAGAAACGUUUCGAGACGUCAAGAAACGUUUCGAGACGUCAUGAAACGUUUCGAGACGUCAUGAAACGUUUCGAGACGUCAAGAAACGUUUCGAGACGUCAAUAAACGUUUCGAGACGUCAAUAAACGUUUCGAGACGUCAAGAAACGUCAAGAAACGUUUCGAGACGUCAAGAAACGUUUCGAGACGUCAAUAAACGUUUCGAGACGUCAAGAAACGUCAAGAAAUGUUUCGAGACGUCAAUAAACGUUUCGAGACGUCAAGAAAUGUUUCGAGACGUAAAUAAACGUUUUGCGACGUCAAGAAACGUUUCGCGACGUCAAGAAACGUUUCGAGACGUCAAGAAACGUUUCGAGACGUCAAGAAACGUUUCGAGACGUAAAUAAACGUUUCUAGACGUGAAUAAACGUUGUGUACUUACUAGGUAUGCAUAUAGGUGACAAAACUCGGCUCAUUUCCCCUCCCCCCCCCCACCCACCCCCGUAGCUAAUGCCAAAGCUGUUUAGCUCCUCCGGCAAUGAUGUGGAUACGUCUUGCAAUACACAUGCUGAGCAGCUUCAAGAAGGCUGUACGGGUCUGUUGCAAGACAUGCCGAGACAUUGCACGUUGCAUUAAGCACUGGCUAAUAAGCCGAGUUGCUCCGGGCCUCGUCUACACAUGGCUGCUUGUGCUAGGAACGCCUCUUAAGGGCGUCUUAAGGAACUGCAUGGUAACUCAGUACAUCUGAACUAACACAAGAAAAUAAAAAUUACAUUUUAAACCUUUUUCAGAGGCUUUUUUAUAAUUACUAGAAAAGUCUAUUUUCUAACUACGUAAGAAAGAAAAAAAGAUAAUAAGAUUCUAUUAAUACAAGAUGUGUCAUGAUCAAGACACCAGAAAUACAAUAUUGUAACUAUAUGAACAGAGGAGAUCAUAAUAUCCUGAUUGUAAACAAUCGCCCAACUCACGUGAGUGUGUCAGGAAAGCAAGUGACGAUCUAUUGACCCCGUCAUGAUCCUCUAUCUGGUUGCAAAUUGUCCAUAUAAGCCUCAUUUUGCAAGUGGAUUAUAGCGUUGAGGACGGACCGAAACGCCACCACUUUCCUCUAUCACUUGUAUGGAAUUGGGUCGACUUGUAAAUAUAUACGUCUGACCUCACCGUGACCUGACCGUGAAGUCGUGACCACCUUUUGAUUAUUACUGAAGUCUCGAUAUCGUAACAAACUCAUUUUAAGUGUGAUUAACUCUGCAACCAGUCGAAAGGUCAUCAUUAGGUCACAGUUAUGCCUGAAGGUCAUGAUUACAUUUUCACGGCUGUUAGGACAUAUCGAAGGUCAGAGAAGAGUAUAGAAAUCCCCCAAGGGAACUCAGUCCAGUUCGAAGCAUAGUCAUCAAGGGGACUGAAUUCAUCAAAUAUUGAGGUCACCAAACAUGUUAGGGGUCUUCAAGGGUUCAGGUCACCAAACAUGCUAGGGGGGUUUUCAAGGGUUCAUGUCACCAAACAUGCUAGGAGGGGUCUUCAAGGGUUGAGGUCACCAAACAUGCUAGGAGGGGUCUUCAAGGGUUGAGGUCACCAAACAUGCUAAGGUCUUCAAGGGUUGAGCCAACGUAGCUACAAGAGCUACUAAGAACUACAAUAACUUUGGAAGUUACCACCAGGUGGCCAGGGAAGUCACCAAGUUGCUGUUUAGAUAUUUACGCGUCUGAACAGCACUGUUCAGAUGGUGUUCAGAUGUCACACGUCACCAAGAGGUCUUCCAAUACACAGCCCCGAGUGUUCAUGAUGAACUGUGGCACUCUGAAGCGCUCUUUAUCUAUAUUUACUCUGCAUAUUAUAGUUUAUUCAAUUGCACAUCUCUUAACACAUCCCUGUCAAAAGUAAUGCUGUAUUUAGGGGACUGAUUUUACAUCCAGUGAGGACACAGACGUUACCCCACCAUGUAAUGUUUACAAGAGACCAUAUGACCACUUCGCCUCCCUCAAUCACAGCGAAGAUGGCGGCCCACCUUAUACUUUACAUGUAGAUUGCUGACGCCUCGGGGUGGAGGGUUAUGGGAUGGGGGGGGGGGAGACACAAGGUGCUGACAUGUCCUUAUAGAUGCUUCAGUGAGACACAUUAACGCUACGUGCGCAUUCUAACACCAUGCGCGCAUACUCAUACUACGUGCGUAAGUCUGUCCAACUCUCGCGCGAGCAUCUCCUCGUGAGGUUUUGUAUCAUACAUUAGAGUGUACAGAACUAGGACUGUAUUUCUUAGUGUGAAUACUAUUGACGUUUUGUAACCAUUAAAUGUGCCUUUUUGGAAA